AAUAAAAAUGUGAUGAUAAACUGAAACAGCUUUAAAAGAUAUCUGGACUUUUAGCGUUGUCGAGACCUUGGAAAGUACAAACCUGUACGGAGCAACUGUACAGUACAGCGUGGUUCACUACGAAAGACGACACAGCACAGUACACCAGUACAUUACGGAAAGCAGUACAAUACGGAAAACAGUACAAUACGGGAGCCGGUACAGUUCAAUAGUACCGUAAUUGAGCCGGUACAGUUCAAUAGAAUAACAUGGUUCUAAAGAAGUUUGUUGAGAACAGAUGGGGUCACUCCUCAGACACAAGGGGUGAUCCGAAGAUUGUUUACAUUGACGGGGUUCAGCCCCCUUCCCCCACCCAACAACCAGAGAGGGCACAAGCGCCCCCGGGGGGCGGGGAGCACACAGAUUCUAAAAAAAGUUUGUCGAAUAAAAGCUUGAUAUGUAAGAAUACUAUGGUACACAUUCAGAACCAGGAUUUGGAUCUUCCAUUCCAGGAAAAUUCUGAGGACCUUGAAAAGGACAGUCUUGAAUUACCUCCUGAUAAAAAGGAUCUUGAUGCCCCUUUAGAAAAGGAGGUUCUUGAUACACCUCCUGAAAAGGAGGUCCUUGACCAGGAGAGAUCAGGAGAUCUAGAUCCUGAAGUAUUUAUCAAAAAGGAGGUGAAGGCGGGAGAAGUACAAAUAAAGGAGACAGAAGAGAAGGAAGUGAAGGAAGAAAAGGAAGAAAAGGAAGUAAAGGAAGAAAAGGAAGUAAAGGGGGAGGAGAUAACAAAUAACAACUGUUUACCAAAAGAGGUGAGUAUGGCGGAGUUGGAGUUGUUGAAGAAACUCGAGGAAGCAAACAGGGAUCUCAGAGCGGACAUAGCAGAAAAUCAAGUGAUACUUCACAAAUAUCCGUCAACUCAGGAAGCAGUACAGCUGAAGGGUGCGGUGAGGAAGACCUAUGGACUCUCUGGGGAAAGAUAAUAAACGAAUGGGAUACUUUCGGGAAGAAAAAACUGCCGACCAUCAAGGAUCUGGUGAGGAAAGGGAUACCUCAUCAUUUUAGAGGCAUUGCUUGGCAGGUUCUUUGUGGUGCGCAUGAAUGUACAGAGAAAGCUAAGUAUGCGGAAUACAUGAAAUCCACGAGUGCUUGCGAAAAGGUUAUUAGGCGAGAUAUAGCUAGGACCUACCCUGAACAUGAUUUUUUUAAGAAAAAGGAUGGUGUCGGACAGGAAGCAUUGUUUAAUGUGAUGAAAGCAUACAGUAUACAUGAUAGAGAGGUUGGAUAUUGCCAGGGUUCAGCGUUUAUUGUUGGACUUCUUCUCAUGCAGAUGCCCGAGGAGGAAUCGUUUGCAGUUUUGGUGAAAAUAAUGCAGGAUUACAGGAUGAGAGAAAUGUUUAAACCCAGUAUGGCAGAGCUUGGUCUAUGUAUGUACCAGAUGGAUACCCUGGUGCAAGAACAUAUUCCAGAACUAUAUGUUCAUUUUCAAUCACAGGCUAUUCACACAAAUCUAUAUGCUAGCAGUUGGUUCCUAACCUUAUACACCACAACCCUACCCAUCUCACUAGCUUGCAGGAUAAUGGAUUGCUUUCUCUCUGAAGGGAUUGAGAUCAUUUUUAGAAUAGCGCUAACUCUUCUCCUCAUAGCGAAACACGAGCUUUUAAGUCAAGACAUGGAAGGAGUAAUAAGGUAUUUUCAAAAAGAGAUGCCCGGAAAGUUUGAAGCUGACCCGGAACCAAUAUUCAGUAUGGCAUUUAACCUCAAGAUUAAUCAGAAAAAAAUGAAAAGGUUGGAGAAGGAGUACAAUACGAUGAAGUGUAAAGAGAAGGAAGAUGAAAUUGAACUAAGGCGUCUGCGAACUGAGAACAGGUUACUACGCCAAAGGAUAGAUAUACUCAACAACGAGUCCAGCGAGUUGGCCGAUAGACUUAUACAGGGUCAGGUGACCCGAGCAGAGGAGGAGGAGACUAACUUUGUGAUGAAGCGGGAACUAGCGGCAGUCAGACAACAUGAUCAGGAGACAAAUAACAAGCUAGAGAUGCUUCAACUCAGGAUUCGUGAGUUGGAAGACCAGACCUCUAAACCCUCUAGUCUAGAGGAUUUGUCCUUAAAGAGUGAAAUAAUAAAACAGAAGGAAGAGAUGAUCCAUUGCUUACAGGACGAACUUAUUAAGGUGAAUGAGGAACUAGCUGCCAGUAAAUUACUUGAAGCUGAAGCUAAUCUAGCACUUAAAGAUCUGAGAGCAAAGGUUGUAGAUCUCAACUCGAUGUGGUUAAAACACCUCAAGAGAUCAGAGACACCCAAGGACCCCCCAGAGGUUCCAAGUACUCCUAAAAAGCUCCUGGGGUCCCUACUAGAGGGGAAAUCUGAAGCAGGGAGGUUAGAAGAAGAACUUAUGACAAGCAGGUUUGUUGAUCUGGAGGGUAAGCUAAAGGAGGAUCUGAUGAUAACACUAAUAAUAAUAAUACUUCUACUAGAAGCUAAAGGAGGAUCUGAUGAUAACACUAAUAAUAAUGAUACUUCUACUAGGUUUGUUGACCUGGAGGGUAAGCUAAAGGAGGAUCUGAUGAUGGCUCGGAUAAGGGAUGCGGAGAAUACCCAGUGUGUUGCAGAGCUUACACAGAAAAUAUCAAAUCUUGAGUAUAAGAAUCAAGAGUUAGUGACAGAAGGAGAUCUUUGUACGUCUAUAGAUGAGAGUGACAGGGUGAGAGAACUGCAAGAUAAAGUGGCGUGUCUUAGAGCGCAGGUGACCCGUCUCGCUUUAAUGAACAGUAAGCUGACCCAGAGUUUAAGUAUGCACAAUCUAGCAUCAUCAUUCGGGUCAGAUUCAGACACAUCAGUUUCAACUCCCCAGCAGUCCCCUGGUACUUCACCUAGUCGAUCUAGUUUAAACCUAGACCUUGGCCACUUCUCCUUCUCCACACUUAGUCUCAACAGAACCAGAUCUAACUCGUAAAAUUAGACUCUUUCCCGCCAAAUUUUAAAUCUGGCGCCAUUUUAUUUUUUCUCGCGUUUUAAAGACGACUUUGGCGUUUUGUGAACACUUUACAUUGCAGAUGCUGCAACAAUUAAUUUAAUAUACGACCCUAGGUCUCUUUAUUCAAGUUGUUAACUUUUUUUCUGCUCUGCGUGCAAGCUCCUCUUUGAAUAAGUUAUGCAAAAAUCUAAUAAUUGAAAUUGUAUAGUCUUGCCGCUGGAUGUUGUGAUAAUAUUUUUGAAGUCAUAAUUCAUUCAGAUAUAUAGAUAGAUAGAUAGAUGUAUUAGCAUGUAAAUGAUAGAUAGAUCCCAUGUAUAUGUAAAAUGUUAAGCAAUAUCAACAUUUUAUCGACUGUGUACAUGAAAAUGUAUGUACAUUGAACAACUUGUGCACAAGCUGAAAAAAUGUUCUUUCUACCAUAACAAAAAUGGCCAAGCUUUUCUCAGAGCUCUUUAAAGAUAGGAAAAUUAAAUGUUUGAUGUUACAUUUCUCAAUAUUUGACAAACUUACUGAGAUAUCAGUAUUUAAGUAAUAAAUAAAUAUUCACUGUGA